AUGAUUAAUGAUCAAACUAAAACCAAUGGUUUUAUACUUAGUUCGGUAUCUCUUGGUUUUAAUACAUUUGCAUGUUUAAUAUCAUGUAUAAUUUUUCUUAUUAUUAUAUAUCAUCUCUAUUACAAUCAUGUAAAACGUGAAGACAAAAUUACUGUUGUUCUUUGUGGUCAUAUAUAUUUAACAAUUUUAAUAUAUUCAUCAAUAUUAAUAUCAAUGAAUAUUCGAUCAAUUCUGGGUGAUUUGUACAAUCAAUCUUUUGAUUCAUCAUGGUGUAUUUUUUCAGGAUAUUUAGCUAUUGUAGUGCUUGGUAUGUUAUACUGGAAUUUUCUAAAUCAAGCAUUUUAUCGUUUUAUGAGAAUUGUUUAUUCUCAAAAUCGAUGGUUUCAAUCUGUAAAACUAUAUAUAAUAUUACCUAUUAUAGAAAUAAUAAUAAUAUCUAUUCUUCUAUGUGUUCUUAUACCUUUGAAUGGUAUAAUAUAUUCACCAAAUGACUACUUUUGUAAUAUAUCAUACAUGAAUAUUCCUAGUGUUCUUUCGGCAAUGCCUAUUGUUUAUGUAUGUCCAUUUUGUUGUUUAUUAUUUAUUUAUAUGCAUAUAACAAGAUUUAUUCAUCAACAAGGAAAUAUUCAAACAUUAAUAAUAAAACAACGACAAUCUCGAGAUUUACUUGUUAUUCAACGUAUUUUAUCUAUUGUUAAUUUAUUACUUAUUCUUGGAAUACCUUCGAUAGUUCUUAUAAUUAUGUCUCUGAUAAGAGGUGAAGAACAUCCAUUACUUGCUCGAAUUUCAUAUUUUCCAGUGAGCGUAUCUCAAAUGGGACUGAGUAUAGCAUUACUUUUUUCUAUUCCACAACUGAAAAAUAUUGUUUUAAACUUAAACAAAACAAGCAAAGUGACACCUGUCAAUCGAACUAUACAAGGCACAAUACAAAUGAGAACGAUUAUUACCACUCAAUAA